AUGAAGAAUAUCGUUUCACAUGUCAUUACUGGGUAUUUAGAGACCCUAAUACAACCUCUAAAGAACAAUCAGCUCAAUAUUGACAUAUGGAACGGAAAACUUAAGAUGGAAAACCUUGUUUUCAGAGAAGAUGGUUUAUUCAACCUUGGAUUUCCAUUGAAAAUCAUCCAUGGUACGGCAACGGAAAUAAAAGCCGAUUUUUCAUGGAACAAGCUUGAAACCGAACCAGUCAUUGCCAGUAUAAAGGACGUUUUCCUUUUAACCGAAUUAGAUUGGCAGAAUUUUGAGCAGAGACAACCUAUUUUGAAGUCGGAUAAGCUUAAUAUCAAGUCCGCUGAGAGCGAAAAGGAGAAAAUCCAAACGAUUCAGGCUUUUCUUGACUUUACAAAUAAAAUAAUCGGAACAAUACAGAUGAAUGUCGAAAACAUUCAUGUCAUUAUGCAAAUACCACUUGUUGAUCAGAAGGUUUUCGUUGGAUUUACAAUGAAUUCGUUGAAAAUUGAAAAUAACGAAAAAUCAACUUUGAAAAAUAUACUGAAAGACAUCAAAUUCAACGCGAUUUCGAUAUACAUGGAUCCAACACCACAUGUAUUUGACCUCGAGAAGUUCCAAGAAGAGAUGAAAGACCAAUUAAACAUGAAUAAUCACGAAAUUAUAUUUGAAUUACCACUUUUUGAGACAUCUUUCUUCAGAUCCAAGGAGAAGAACGUUACUCACAACAACAUUUUCGAUAUAAAGUUCAACGAAAUUGACUUUGGACUGACAAUUCCACAAUUAAGGUCAAUUAUACAAGUUUCAAGGGCAUUUCAACAGCACAUUAAACGUAGAACAUAUAGAUUACUCAUGCCGCCAUCAGAUUCCGAAGAUUUCGGAAAACAAUUUGGACAUAUUACGAAAUUUGCAUCUUAUAACAAUUCCAGGAUGAAAUUCAAUGUUGGACAAGCACUCGAAUUCCUAAAGAACCGCUCCAAGUACUACAAACUCUAUUCAGAAGACAUGAUUAAAGGAAAAAUCUCAAAACAGUUUUCAAAGUUCUCAGAAAAAGUAAAUGAUGAGACAAGAGUGUUACUUUACAACUAUUCACUGGCCAAAUAUAAACUUGACAACAAAAAUUACGAUUAUAAACUGAAAGAUGACGAAUCAAUGAAUUUCAUGGGCAACUAUGCCUCGAUCUUGGAUUCUUUCAAUGUCAUAGAGUUCCAUUUCGCUGCAAAACGUGUUGUUACCUAUCUAAAAGAUGCAGAUAAAAUUAUAAGAUUUUCAACUAUCGCGGAAAGCGUCAAAACCAACUUAAUCUAUACUAAGCAGCUCCAGAAAGUGUCAUUCUCCAUAGGCGCGUUCUCUUUGUUCCAUGAAAACCUGAAUUUUAUUUCUGGAAUCGGAAGAGGUUCUUCAAAGUUCCUUACAGCAGCUUCUGACUUCGUAUUGAACAUGAUUAAGGCAAAUGCCGACUUCGGAAUCAUCGAAAUCCGUCAUGUUGAGCCUUUCAUUGAACAAUUUAUGCCAUUUAUCACUGGAAUGUCCGGAGCCAUCCCAAAGACGAAGAUAAAAUUCAGAACACUCGCUUAG